UCAUCCGAUUCGCUACGGGUGAGCCGUGAGCCGCGGCGGCGUUCCAUCACCGGUUCCCGCGCAUUGUUAGCCUCGCCCGUGUCGAUUCGAAACGAGAAGUGCGCCGCGUACCGAACAAGUUGCCGGGGCGUCCCUAAUUCACCUGGGGACUGCGUACCCCCGUGUCAAACAGGCCCGGGAAUUUUUGUGAUAACAAGUUUCGUCAACGAAAUCAAGCGAAACGAAGCGAUGGCAGGACAAAGCGACGCGAAAAUCGACAUCGCUCGGCUCUCCGAAGCGCUAAACAAUUUACAAAAAUCCCUGGAAUGCACGAUUUGCUUGGAGUUCAUGACAGAGCCCAUGAAGACACGGUGUGGCCAUUCGUUCUGCCGAUCCUGCAUAAGGCAGGUCCUGCAGAAGAAGGCUGCGCACUGUCCCCUCUGCAAAAAGCAUCUCAACAGACGCAACAUAUCCAAAGAUGAUCACCUGGCGACUUACAUCACCAAAUUCAAGCAACUUGUUAUCGCUACGCAGAUGGACACCCACAUCGACAUUCUGUCGUACCUGAAGCAACCGCGCGACACAAAAGAAAGCUGCUCUUAUUCGGAUACGAGUGAAUUCGGAGACUCCAACAGUAGGAGGUCGUCGAGAGAGUUAUCGAAAUCUACUCGUGGUUCGAGUCCAAAAUCGAGCGGUCGAAUAAACGCGCCGUCGACAAGCCGUGGAGCGCCGAUCGACUGCGAUAAUCCGCGACAACACAACACGUAUUCGUCGGACGAAAAAUCACUUGAAUUCUCGAGUCUUUCCGGUGUUCAUCCUCUUCCUGCUGACGAGAAUGACGACGCGAUUGACAGUAUGCCGGGCAUGAAGAUUCGCACGUGGCUACACACUUUACCGAGCGAUCUGCCGAUGAACACCAGUGCCUCGGCCGGAAACGACACAAUACAACCGCUCGAUGCUGAUGCUGAUGAGAAAGAAUCAUCGUUUACAUUGAGCGGUUGUGUUGAUAAAACUCAUCAGAAUAAGACAGACGAGAGUCACACAAGGACCAGGCGAGUUAGGCAACGGUCUGCGGAUUACACAGCACACAUUGACGAUACGUCCCAGGUGGACAAAGAGGCGGAAACGAGGCAACCCGGUAAAGUGGGAAAGAUCGAUUCCGCAGUGAGCGGAUUGAAGUACAAUGCGUCACACGCCAGAGUACGCGCGAAAUUCGCGAACAAACGUAAAAGGAACGCGACAAAAUCGGACGAGCAGGAGGAGAUUCCAGGAGACAACAGUCAGAGAAGUUCGUCAUCGACGACGGCGAAUCGUCGAUCGCUGCGAUCCGACACGCUCGAUCGCUCGAUCGCUUUGAACAGAAUGAGCACAUCCGCAGGCAGUGAUAGGCAAUAUUCCGCGGAGACGGAUUGGUCUCGCGUGAUCGAACUCGGUAAGGAGAUGCGUCCGAAGAGGAGGAAGCUGAAGAAACUAGACGUGAGCAUUGAGAAGAAAAAAAACCCACCCCGUAUAAUUGAAAACGUCGCGCUAACGCCGCGUAACAGGAUCAAUCUAAUUGAAGACGCCGCGUGUCAUACAAACGGGAAAGAGACGAGCGUAUCUAAUCUAUUGGAGGAGUCGAACAGUCGGGAACAGGCUGAUAAAGACUUAUCGGGUGCAAAAUUGAGUCCGGAAACAUCUGGUGAAAUGAAGAGUCGGGAGUUCAAUACUAGCCUAUCUAAUCGUUCCGCGAUGGAGGCAUCAUCGUACAUCACGCUAGAGGAAGGCAGGCAAGUACGCAUAAUAAAUCUAAACAAUGAUCAGGUGAGCAACAUCAUCGGCUUCGAUCGCGUCGAGGAGACGUCGCCACGUACCGAGAAUCAGCGCGGAGAAAAUGCGACUGUCGCGAAAUGUCGGAACGAUUCGCCACACAGAUUAACCGUACUGACGCCGGAGAAGCUGAAUCAGUCCGUAGAUGAAGACAAAAUAAGCCGCUCCGUCACGCGAACUCCUGCUGGCAAGCUUGAAAGUUCGUUACCGGCCGGAGACCGUACUCCUGGAUCUCGAAUGAAUAGCAGCGCGCAAAAGACGUCGGAAAAGAUUUCUUCUCCGGAAUUCCAGUCUCCGAUACAUGGCAGAUUAUCCUUGAGACGAAAGGUGAUCAUUGGCGAUCACAAAAGCACAGAUUUGUCGCCGUUAAAGCAGCUUUCAAGUAACAAAUCACCGAUUAACAGACACGUGGAAGACACGAGCGACAGUUCGCCAGUGGCCGAGGACGAUGCGCGAUUGUCUUCUCGAUUGACAACAGCGAGGCGCGACUUGACCUCGCAAAUAUUCAGUGAUCAAGUGCCAAUCAGACGGGUAUCAUCAAAAAAGGCGGUCGAAAUCAAGGACAAUGCGAACGUUUCCGUCAAGUUUAUGAAGCUAGGCACAUUGACCAAACGACGAAAUGUGAAGUAUUUUUAUUUAGGCUCAACUAAACGCGAGCAGUCGUUUCCAGCGAAAGUCGGAGUCACACCGGUGUGUACGUGCAACAACUGGAAUUAUAAUAUGCAACAAUCCGUCAAUAGAUCCGAGAGUGAACAGCAUCAAGUUACGAUUGAGUCGCACAGCGUAACGCGGUCAUCUAAUAAUUCACAACACGACAUCACCGUGAUAGAGAAUGUUCGUUCCGUACAAUCAGCCUUAAAAGAUGCCGAACAGUCUUCGAUACACAAAGUUUCAAACGUUUCGACACCGAGGAAGAACAUUGACUCUCAUUCAAAUCAGAAGAAAAUCACUGAUCCAGCACGAUCGAUCGAACGCUCCUCAAACUUGACGAAUCAAUCGAAUGAAUCAGUGCAGGAGACGUGUCAGAUGUCCUCGCAAAUUUAUCACAAAAAGCCUUGCGUGGAUAAUAAUACAACGAGAAUUGAUCAGAAGAUCUCGCAUACUUUUCCUGGAACAACGAAUUCCAUUAAGCUUCUGUCACCAGACAAGGACUCGCAGUUGAAGUAUCUGGCGAUAGACUCCCCGAUGAGUGAACGCCGGCGACCCAUGGGAUCGACGCGACGACAGUUUGAGCACGACAAGUCCGCUACCAAAGAAAAUAACUUUUCCGAGGCGAAAAGUUUACGCUCUGCGACGCCCGGGACACAGGAGCCUACCUCCGAAAGUUCCGAAUUUACCUUUCAGUUCAGAUCGGACAAGAAAAGAAAAAGGAUAAAACGCAUCAGUGACGAGGAGGAAUUCACGGACGAGGCCACCGAUAAAAUUGACAUCUCCAUUAGCUCGGAUGACGAUGACCAACGUACAAUCAAGCUUGAUGAAUACAAGAAAUUAUCCGCAAAAUUAGAUGGGAAGAAACGCCGUUUGAGUAGUCCGCAUGAUCAGAAUGAUCAAGUAAUCGUUUUGGAUUCCAACAAACAAGAUAAACGUGUGAGAAAAUACAAAAGAAUUAUACCGACCUCUUCGGGCACGGAAUCGGAAUCGCCAACGCACAAUGUGAGAAAUCAGAAAAGGCACAAGACGGACGAUCGACAUGAUCAACAGAACGUAUCGAUUGCAAACGCGCCUAAGGAAAAAUGUUCAGUGGCACAAGAUAUGGAUGAAGAUCUUCGUAUUCAAAGUAUAGUCAGCAGAUGGAGCAACGAGCAUAACGCGUCGCAAAAGAGGCUGAUCAUGGAAAGCAGUAUCCAAAGAUGCUCGCCUGAAGAGAAGUCGACUAGUCGUCAAGCGUCUCGCUUGGCUAAUUCACCUGGAGAAGCUGAGAAACACAACGGCGCAAAUCAAACAAAUUCCGCGAUAACGGAAUCGGAUAUGUUCGAGAGCAACAGUAUAUUCGGUGUGGAGAAUUUAGACUGCAUAAUGCAGACGAUCAGGCCGAACAGGAGCCAGACAUCACAGAAGCUCGCGGAUCGUUCUAAUGAGGACAUCAUAAACAAGGUACUGGAAAUCGAUCGGUCUGCUCCGCGGAGUGGCGGGACGGCGGCGAGUCAAAGGGAGAAAAACAGCAGAGAACACUUGCUGCACGACAAUUUCGACGAGAUCAUCGCCAACGUCGAGCUGCCACAAAGCGAUGAUGUGAUGUCGCAGGCCAAGCAGCCGAGUCGCAAUCUCCAGCGCACGUUGACGCAACAGAGGAUGUCGAAGUGUCUCGCGGUUACAAAUGAACCAUGUAACACCGCACAGGAGAGUCCGAUAACGAUAUCGUCGACGAGCGAUGACAUGUUCGAGCACUGCGAUGGAUCCUCCAGAAAAUCGCGUGUGACACUGUCUCAGAAUAUCGUCCCGAGACAACUUGACAAGGAAAACAUCGCGUCGCGCGAUGAGAAAAGACCGCGCGACUACACGCGAAGAAACAGAAAGGAUGUGGAAGCAAAGAUAGACCUCGACACGAACACAGAUGACUCCCGCAGGAUAGCUACGUCGAAGCACAGUGCGUCGCGCGAGAAAGAGACAUCGUUCGAUCGCGUUGACGCGAACGAGUAUUUGGAGAUCGACAAAGAAUGCAGUGUUUCGGCGAGAUCGGCGGACCGGCUUCUCAUCGACGACAGUAAAACGCGAAGAGCAACAGCUGCCAGCGAUGAGUCAAAGAAUAAUUCCUUUGAGGACGACACGCUCAUGAACGUUACGCAGCAUCAGGCUCAGUUGCAGAUCUUUGAAGAGGAUCUGUUCGGAAUUCCGGCUACUCGUGCAAAGGCGACAAAGCUGGCUUCGCAAGAUGACUCGUCCCGAGAGAAGCAGGGCACUCCGGGAAAGAGGAAGCAGACUGCGCAGGAUAAAAAGGCGUUUGGGGAAUAUUCCGCUGAAGAGGAUGACGUUGUGGAGAACACUCCUGAGAGGAAGAUGAAGAACAGCGGGAACAACGUUACGGCCAUCAAAUCGAGGAAAAACAUCGCGACAUUGUACUCCUCGCCGAUCUCGAAUCAACCUGCUGACCGAACACCGAGUACGUCAAAUAUUUUCCAUAAAAAGGACCCCCCGAAGAGCAACGCAAGCACACCUAUGAAUCGAUUAAAAACGUUGCCGCUUUAUCAGAGCACGCCGAAAGUCGUGCACGCUGCUGCAACGGCGAUUAAACAUCCCGACGCGUUUACCAAGAGCAAAAAGACCGAGCCUACGGCGAGCGGUAGCGUUUUAUCGGCGAGGCAAGUGGAGAGCAAAGUGCCGGAGAACGCUUGCCGGCAGGCAGACAGACAAAAACUGUGUUUCGUAUGCAGCGGCUUGACGCCAGCCCAAAUAAGGCACGUAACGAAGUUUGCUAAGAGACGCAACGCGAAUUACGUGAAUCAUUUUGAUCCCAGCGUGACACACGUUAUCGUCAGCACGGUCGGCAAGGAGAACGUGACGAAGAGCACGUUGAAGUACUUGCAAGGUAUAGCCUACCGCAAGUGGAUUGUCAGCUAUAGAUGGAUCGAGGAUUGCGAUAAGGAGCGGAAAUUGCUGGACGAAGUACCUUACGAGGCCACUAUGGACAAUGACGGCGUUAACGAAACUGCUUCUCGAAAUUCGAGGCUACGCCAGAAAGGGCUCUUCGAGGACUUCACGUUCUUGUGCGUUGGACCCUACAUCAAUGUCACGCUGCAUCAAUAUCAGGACUUGUUACUCGCCACCGGAGCCACAGUGGUCGAUUCCCUGGAAGGUCUUGCUAAGGCGAGAGGCCUGAGGGGUAUUGUGAUCCAAGACAAUACUCACGAUGAUAAAACAAUCAAACAUUGGUCUCGAGCUACGAAAGCGGCGCCAAUUAUCGUUGACUGGGUAGUGGAAUGCAUCAGUCGGUAUAAAUUAUUUGAACUCGCACCUUACAUUCAGUGUUUCUCGCUGCAGGACAUUUGUGCCAUUGGUUAUUCGCGGGAACUCAUGGGAGAAGAAGAAUACAGCGACGAUGAGACAUGAUUACCAGUGAUUGCUUUGUUAAACGUUCAAUCGUUCUUCUGUUAAUUAAUAAAUAAUUUAUGCAUUUCGUUAAUUCAGUAAUAAUCUCUCGUAUCAAAAGUACAAAAUGAUAACACGAUAAAAGCAUAAAUCGUUAAUGAAUUAACUAGCGGAAAUUUGAUCGAACGUUUAACAAGGGAUUCGAAAAAUUAUAAGUAUAUUACAAAAUAUUUGGUAACGUCUGCUCGUAUAUGUUAUACACAAAAAUAGAAACAGUGUAGUUUGGACAAGUAAUACUACUAGAGUAUUAUUACUUGUCCAAAUCCAAACUACACUGAUUCUAUUUUUGUGUAUAACAUAUACAAGCAGACGUUAAUAUUUUGUAAUGUAUUUAUAAUUUUUUAUAUACAAAUAUUUUGUAAUAUACUUAUAAUUUUUCGAAUCCCUUGUUAAACAUUUAAUCAAUCUUUCGUUAGUUAAUUCAUUAAUGAUUUGUGCCUUUAUCGUGUUAUCAUUUUGUACUUUUGAUAAGAGACGGAUAUAGUAAUAGCUUUACAUUUACUCUGCUUCUAAGUCACAAGUACUUGGGUAAACUCAUCUGCUAUUAUCUCCAGCCAUAUAGUUCCCAUUAUAGUACUAAUUGUAGUAUUGUUAUAUAAUCAAAAAGACAGAGUUUCUAUUUUUGUAUAUAGUAUAUACGAGCAGAUGUUACCAAAUAUUUUGUAAUAUAUUUAUAAUUUUUCGAAUCAGAAUACAUCCGUUUUCGGUUGCAAGAGA